GACCCUACUCCUCUCUGCUCUCUGUCUCUCCCACACUCCCACAUUAGGGCUUCACUGAUUCUGCUUCUAAUUCUCUCUCUCCCCCACCCACUCAUAUCCAAAACCCCAACUCCCAAUUCGAAAUCCCCAAACCCCAAUUUCCCAAAUUCAAAAUUCAGAAACCCUAACCGGCUUAAUUUGGGGGCAAAAUUCAAAAUUGAAAGCGAGUCUUCUGCGGUAUGAACAGAAGAAGAGAUGAGUAGGCUUUCAUUCCGGCCACGCCCGCUCGAUAUCCACAAGAGGCUCCCCGUCGUCAAGUCUUUCAAGGACUUCGAAGACGAUGAAACCCCGUCCUCCACCCGCAACUCUCAGCUCUUCCGUCUCUCCGCCGUCGACUCCUCCGCCACCGAAAUCGAGGUCCACCCCCCUCCGGCCAAGAAGCUAGCCCCUGAAAUCCCAACUCCUCAGUUCGUCGUUGUUGAUACUUAUGAGCGAGACUACUCUCGCACUUUUGCUCAGCCCAAUUCUUACCUCCGAGCUAGAGGAGCCCGGGCCGAGCUCGGCGAGUUUGUGGAGUAUGAUUUGGACAAUGAGGACGAGGACUGGCUUGAGGAGUUCAACGGCGAUGACGAUAUUCUCGCUGCUGAAAAGCUUGAGACUCUUAUAUUCAAGUUGGAGGUUUUGGAUCACAAGGCUCGGGAGAGGGCAGGAGUUAUAACUCCUACUCUUGCUUCACCAAUCCCUGUGCUUCUACAACUGGAUGUCGUAACUGAGGCUUUACAAGGUCCCCUCAGAUAUGCUGUAAUCCGGUCAGUUUAUGAGUAUUGGAAAGACAAGCGUGAAAGAUGGCAGAAGCCUAUUUUGCGUCGGCUGCAGCCACCCCCACCGGUUAAUGAUACCAACCCAUAUAAUGUCUUUAGGCCGAGGGAGAAAACCCACAGACUGCACACAAGAAGGAUGCAAAGAAGGGAAAACAAUGUGCAAUCAUUUGAAAAGCUUCGCCAGGUUAGGCGCAACCUGGAACAAGCCAAGACCAUUGUGGAGGCUUUAAUCAAGAGAGAAGAAAAAAAGAGAGCAGUCAUGGAGGCUGAAGUUGAGCUUCAAGUAAACCAAAUGAAGUACAAGCAUGAGACUGUGCUCCUCGAAGAUAGUUUAAUCCUUCCUGGCUUUCCGCCAAUGUCUUCAAAGUUUGUUUCCAGUGAGGAUGAACUUAUUGAUUCAGAUGACUUUGAAAACAGUCGGCCCCGUACACGACCUUGUGCAAUGCCUAAUCCACCUUUACAGGACCCCAAUUUAAUCAUGGUUCCGACAGGAACCAUGAAGCAAGAAUUUAGGCGUCGGCAUGCACCACAAGGGUGGCUUCAUAAAAUGGAUCCCCUUGAGCCAGUUCUGUUAUUUACAAAACCUCUAGUUCCAGAAAAGUUGGCAGCUGCAGGCAUUGUACCACCAUCAGAUACUUCAACUAAAUCUGGAGCAUCCACAGCACCUCUUAAAUUCCGCGGAAGAAUUGGCCGAGGGGGCCGAUUAAUAUUUGAUAGAUGGAACCCGCUGAUGCACACUCCAAUUGACUUGGGGAGUUCAUAUUACAUACCUCCUAAACCUCGACCAACAACAUAUAAUUGAACUUUCUACCCCUGCUGUGACAGAAUUGGAAAGGGGUGCAGAUUAACUAUUUGGAAAAUCCUGAGUGACCUAGGAUUAUUGAGCGGUUGAACCAUCCUUUGCUUAUGCCUAAGUUGAACUCUUGAACUAACCUUUGCUUGUGCCUGGAUGUCGGUGUGGAUGGGAUCAGUGGUUGUCUUGGAACUUUUAUUGGAGAUUUGAUGAUUUAGGGGUAAUUGUGGAUGAACGAAGGGUUGGUGUAAUGCUGAAUUGUAUUUCCCAAUGUUUUUUUUCCAUGUAAAGCUCAUUAUCGAUUCAUUUGGUAUAAACGUAACGUGUCUCUGUAUUCUCUAUUAGAACAGCCAUUUGGGUGCAGGUGCUCUCAGCCUCAUUGUCUAGUUUCCUAAAUC